UAGGUUAUAGUGGCAAUCAAAUGGUUUCAAUUAGAUUAAGACAGUAAGUCUGCAAAUCCUUCCUGCUCCAGUUGAUGUUGCAUCCACAAAACAUUGUUCAUUGGAUCAAUAUACGUUUUUUACAGACUGUCAUCAUUUAAUUAGCCUUAACCUAUCAUCCCAAUAAAUCUACUUACAGGUAAAAAAUUAAAUUGAAUCAACAAGAUUUAAUACAAUCCUUUAACCAACUUUAAACGAUUAACAGAUUGGGGCAUUUUUUUACCGUCUUACACCUAAUCAAUGGUUCUUCAGUCAACCGGUGCGCAUCUCAUUUACAUCCAAUUCAACCCAUUUCAGAUGGCUCCUGAAAACAACAACUUUGCCAGUCUUUUACAGUAAACUGGUUUUUGUUACAAUUUUAAUCAUGAUCAUGAUCAUUUGGAUGAUGUUCAUCAUUUACUAAUUAACCCGUAGAUCAUCCUUCCCACCCACAAUUCCCAACAAUCAAUGAUAACAAUUCGAGUAUAUAAGCUACAAAUGUGAUCAAUGCCGAACUAAACAGCAAUCGCAAGUGUUCUGAGAAGUUAAUCAAAAUCUGUGCGUGUUUACUUUCAAUCACCACAACCAAUAGUUGGUAAUCUGUUGGUAAAAUUUCAUUCACUAAUCAUGUAUUUAUCACUAAUUUCACCAAUAACUUUAUUGAUCACUGGAAUUAAUUUUGUUUGUGGUGAUGUUAACAAUAGUUCAACAACUACACCACAACCAAUCCCAAUUACAACGUUAACAACACUGUCAAAUGAUGUUGUCGUUUCCAGUCCACUUCAAGUGUUGGCUUCACUAAAUGAUGAAGAUUUACUUGCUGAAGCAACUCAUCGUCAUUAUAAGGAAGAGGUUCAUCACCAUCAUCAUCACCACCACCAUGAACCACAUCAUGCUCACCAUCAUCAUUCACAUGGUCACAAACAUAAUCAUGGCCACGGACAUCAGCAUGGUCACAGUCAUGGCCACGGUCAUGGUCAUAAACAUGGUCAUAAGCAUGAUCACAAACAUAAACACGACCAUGGACAUCAGCACGGGCAUGGACAUCAACAUGGUCAUUCGCAUAGUCACGAACACGGCCAUGGACAUGGACAUGAGCAUGGACACGAGCACGGACACGAACAUGCCCACUCACAUGGACAUGAACACGGACAUUCGCAUGGACACGAUCAUGAGCAUGGUCAUAGCCAUGCACAGACUCACGAGCACGGACACGAGCACGGACACAAGCACGCCCAUGAUCAUGAUCAUGGACAUGAUCAUAAGCAUCAUCAUCAUCAUCAUCACAAGGAGAAGAGCAAGAAAUCUGGUUGGAGUGAAAAAUCUGAUGUCAAGGGAUUCAAAGAAAAGUCAAAGUUGAAAAAAAAUGAUUGGGAAAAGUUGAAGAGUUACUUGCUUAAUCAAAAUGCUCAAGUGUUUGUAAUUGAAUGAGAAUUGGCCUGAAUGAUUAUUUAUUUGGAAUCAAAGCAAACUGUUGAUCGGUUUGAUGUUUUAUUACAGUCAACUUAAUGUUAUAUCUGUUGAAGAUAGUCAAAUUUACUUCAAGUCAAUCUAAUUUACAGAGGCCAAGUCUAAUCAUAAUUAAACCCCAAAAAUCUGUAUUAUUCUCAGAUUGAGUUUAAAGUAUUAUAAUUUAUUAAUAAACAGAUAUCAGAUAUGAUUUCAAACCAACUUUGAAAGAAGAAGCGACGUUUGAUUUGAUUAAAAUUACGUUUUAUCUCAAAGGAUAACCAGGAAUCAACAUGAUUAACGGUGUACAAGAUUCUUAAAAAACCAUAUAAACAGUCGACGAACGUCCAGACGCAAAAAUAGGUAUCGUGAAUGAGAUUUAGUUGAAAACUGACACAUCUU